AUGACGAAGAUUGUGUCUAAAGAAGCCAUCAGAGGUAUUCCAAAGCUGAAGAUUGAAGAAUGUAAGAUUUGUGGUGAGUGUCAAAUAGGGAAGCAAACCAAGAUGUCACAUCCAAAGUUGCAACAUCAUACUACUUCAAAGGUUUUUGAACUUUUUCAUAUGGACUUAAUGGGUCCCAUGCAUGUCCAGUGCCUUGGUGGGAAAGAUAUUGGCCAUGAGUUCUCUUCUCCCACCACCCCUAAGCAAAACGGAGUUGUUGAACGCAAGAAUAAGACUCUACAAGAAUCAGAUAGAGUCAUGCUUCAUGCUAAGCAUCUACCCUACUAUUUUUGGGCUGAAGCAAUGAAUACUACUUUCUAUAUUCACAAUAGGGUCUCUAUGAGAAUUGUGGAUGAUAAUAUCACAGAGAAAGGAACUAAUGUCGAAGAAGAUGUUGGCACAUCAGCAAACUGA